UUUCCGGUUCUGCAGGAUAAUUUGGAAGUGUAUCUGGGACUCCAGCAGUUCGUGGUCACUUCAGGGACAGGUCACAGGCUGAACAUCACUGCAGAGAAUGACUGCCGGCGCUUGCACUGCUCCUUGAGGGACCUGAGCUCCUUGCUGCAGGCCGUUGGUCGUUUAGCAGAAUACUUCAUUGGGGACGUGUUUGCUGCCAGGUUCAAUGAUGCUCUUACAGUGGUGGAGAGGUUGGUAAAAGUAACAUUAUACGGAUCCCAGAUUAAACUGUACAACAUCGAAACUGCAGUACCGUCUGUAUUGAAACCUGACCUUAUCGAUGUCCACGCUCAGUCCCUGGCAGCUCUGCAAGCCUACGCGCACUGGCUCGCACAGUUCUACAGCGAAGUUCACCGGCAGAACCCAGAGCAGUUCAUCUCUCUCGUCUCCACCGCUCUGGAGGCAAUCACGCCCCUCAUCAGCUCUAAGGUGCAGGAGAAGCUGCUGCUGUCUGCGUGCCACCUGCUAGUCUCUUUGGCCACCACGGUGCGACCAGUGUUCCUGAUCAGCAUCCCAGCAGUGCAGAAGGUGUUCAACAGGAUCACGGACACCUCCGCUCAGCGGCUUCCUGAUAAGGCCCAGGUGCUGGUGUGCAGAGCGCUGUCGAACGUAUUGUUGCUGCCCUGGCCCAAUCUUCCGGAGAGCGAACAGCAGUGGGCAGUUCGCUCCACCAACCACGCCAGCCUCAUCUCUGCCCUCACAAGAGAAUACCGCCAAUUAAAAUCCAACGCUAUCGUGCCACAGAGGAAAGUACAGCUGGAGGACACCAAAGUGAUCAUCCAUCAGACGCUCGGCGUUUUAGAAGAUAUUGUAGAAAGUAUCUCUGGAGAAUCCACCAAGUCUCGACAGAUCUGUUAUCAGUCGCUGCAAGAAUCCGUGCAGGUCUCACUAGCCCUCUUCCCAGCUUUCAUUCAUCAGUCAGAUGUGACGGAUGAGAUGCUGAGCUUCUUCCUCACUCUGUUUCAAGGACUGAGGGUGCAGAUGGGAGUGCCUUUCACAGAGCAGAUCAUACAGACCUUCCUAAACAUGUUCACCAGAGAGCAGUUGGCAGAGAGCAUCCUCCACGAGGGCAGCACUGGCUGUCGGGUGGUGGAGAAGUUUCUGAAAAUACUGCAAGUGGUGGUACAAGAGCCAGGCCAAGUAUUCAAGCCUUUUCUACCCAGUGUCAUCUCACUGUGCAUGGAUCAGGUCUACCCCAUCAUUGCAGAGCGCUCAUCUCCUGAUGUGAAAGCAGAGCUGUUCGAGCUGCUUUUCCGGGUCCUCCACCAUAAUUGGCGGUACUUCUUCAAAUCUAAUGUGUUGGCUAGUGUCCAAAGAGGAGUAGCGGAAGAACAGAUGGAGAAUGAAGCACAAUUCAGUGCCAUUAUGCAGGCAUUUGGCCAGUCCUUCCUGCAGCCUGAUAUUCACCUGUUCAAGCAGAAUCUCUUCUACUUGGAGACACUGAACACCAAGCAGAAGCUGUAUCACAAGAAGAUCUUCCGGACAACCAUGCUGUUCCAGUUUGUGAAUGUCCUACUUCAGGUGCUUGUCCACAAGUCGCAUGACCUGUUGCAGGAGGAGAUCGGCAUUGCCACCUACAAUAUGGCCUCGGUGGACUUCGAUGGCUUCUACUCAGCCUUUCUCCCCGAGUUCCUGGCCAGUUGUGAUGGUGUAGACUCGAACCAGAAAAACGUGCUGGGAAGGAAUUUCAAAAUGGACAGGGAUCUGCCAUCGUUUACCCAGAAUGUGCACAGACUGGUGAAUGACCUGCGUUACUACAGACUCUGCAAUGACAGUUUGCCCCCUGGAACUGUGAAACUAUAGUUACUGCACUGGACUCGUGUUUUGAUCACUGUAGGGAACGGAUCCAUGUUUCGUUUUGCCACCACUUUCUCUCCUCCCUGGUUUUGUCAGUACUGCAGGACGCGGUGUCUUGCACAUGGGCACAUCUUCUUGGAUUCACGCACCACGCUUCCUUUUUUUUUUUCCCCUCUUCUCCCAACCCAAAGGCCUCCAGCUGGAGUCGGCACUGUCUGCAGGAUGUGUCUUAACGCCCGACGGCAGGGC